UGGCUUCAGGUUCAGACACAAACCGCCAACACCGCACGCUUUACCUCCUCACUUCUAGUCACUCCUCAGUUAAUGGCACUCGCUCUUAGAAGAUUUGCAGCUUCAUUCGGCUACCCGCCACAUUUCCAAUGCGUUCGAGCCUUGUCUCCGUUGCGCUUUGCAAAUAGUUGCAGUUCCUUCGUGUCGUGUGACUCGUCCGAGGACGGCGUUGGCGCUGAUCAUCCAGAAUUCCGAAAGUGGCAUAAUGGCGGUGGGUCGUUCCACAAGUCUGCCUGCAUUGACCCAACAGUUUUCAUUGAGUUUGGUGCUGUUGUUCAUUCAAAAUCUGUGGUGGGCGAGCACUCUCAUAUUGGUUCUGGAGCUGUCGUUGGACCUUGUGUUACAAUUGGGCAAUCAACAAAAAUAGGCUACAAUGUUGCACUCAGUAAUUGCAGUAUAGGAGAUUCGUGUAUAAUCCACAAUGGCGUAUGCAUCGGUCAAGAUGGAUUUGGAUUUACGGUGGAUGAGCAUGGGAAUAUGUUAAAGAAGCCUCAAAUGCUGAAUGCUAGGGUAGGGAACUAUGUGGAGAUUGGUGCAAAUACAUGCAUUGACAGGGGCAGUUGGAGAGAAACGGUUGUAGGGGAUCAUUCCAAGAUAGAUAAUUUAGUUCAGAUCGGUCAUAAUGUAGUUAUUGGGAAGAGUUGCAUGCUUUGUGGACAAGUUGGGAUUGCAGGCUCAGUGACGAUAGGAGACUAUGUAACUAUGGGGGGAAGGGUAGCAGUUCGUGACCAUGUCUCCAUUGUAUCAAAGGUACGACUUGCCGCUACUAGCUGUGUCACGAAAGAUAUUACAGAACCUGGAGAUUAUGGCGGCUUCCCAGCUGUUCCGGUCCAUGAGUGGCGAAGACAAGUUGCAAACUACUGUCGAACAUCAAAAAAGCUGAACCGUUAGAAUCAUUAGAAAGGAAACUCAGGUUCACUCUUAUGUCAUUAAACCCUUGCACUGUUAUUAUGAGCUUUGCUGGGGACUGCGCUUAGCAAAGAUAACUACUCAGGGAUUGUGAUCUAGAGAUAAAUGCAAUUUGUUCAUUGCUCUACUAUGUGUUCUUAUACUCAUGAACUGCUGAUAGCACCUUUUGCUUCAUGCAUUGAACUGUUGUAAACAAACAACAGAAACCAAAAGUAGAAACGAUAAUUCUUCUACGUUUAA